AUGGAUAUCCAGACCAAGACAGAGGCCCACGACUCGGCACAGUCGUCCAAGUCUGUCGACUUCGAAGCUGCCGAUGAUACUCAGCUGGAGAGAGGACUCCAUGGCCGACAUCUCCAAUUCAUCGCCAUCGGCGCUGCAGUCGGAACAGGCUUGUUCAUCGGAACGGGAAAUGCUCUCGCAACAGCCGGGCCUGUUUCUCUACUCAUCGCCUUCAUUUUCGUGGGCAGCCUGCUCUUCUCAGUCAUGGUUGCUCUUGGAGAAAUGGCUGCAUACAUACCCGUUGCAGGCGCAUUCACAACCUAUGCCACACGCUUCCUCGAUCCCACAUUUGGCUUCGCCAUGGGCUGGGUUUAUUGGUUCAGCUGGACAAUCACAUUCGCCCUUGAGUUGACCGCCGCUGGCCUUAUCAUUCAAUACUGGGACAAGAGCCUAAACAUCGGUAUUUGGAUUGCUGUGUUUUGGGUUCUCUUCACUAUCGCCAACUUCCUCCCGGUGCGGUGGUUCGGAGAGUUUGAGAUGUGGUUCUCCAGCAUCAAAGUCAUCACUAUCAUUGGCUUCAUCAUCUUUUCCAUUUGCGUUAAUGCAGGCGUUGGCCAACAGGGCUACCUGGGCUUCAAGUACUGGGGCACGCCCGGUGCGUUUGCUGAACAUCUGGCAGAGGGCGCGACUGGCAGAUUCAUCGGCUUCUGGUCCGUCAUGAUCACCGCCGGCUUCAGUUAUCAGGGCUCAGAGCUUGUCGCCAUUGGAGCUGGAGAAACCAAGGAUCCUCAAAAGACAAUUCCUUCUGCUAUGCGUUGGACCUUCUGGGGUGUCUUCUCCUUCUUCAUCUCGACCGUCUUCUUCCUGGGCCUCAAUAUCCCAUACACAAAUGAGGGUCUUCUCAGCGACUCUCAAGACGCUUCAGCUUCUCCCCUCGUCAUCGUCGCCCAACUUGCCGGAGUCCCGGUCCUCCCAUCCAUCCUCAACGCGGUGCUCCUUACUGCUGUUUUGACUGCCGCCAACUCGGAUGUCUACUCGAGCAGUCGCAUUCUUAUCUCUCUGGCUGACUCCGGCCAUGCCCCAGCUUUCUUAAAGAAGACGAACCGCUUCGGAACGCCAUACUACGCAGUCGGGUUUUGUGCCAUUUUCGGAUUCCUAUCAUUCCUCAACCUGUCUAAUGAUGGCACUGUUGUCUUCAACUGGUUUCUCAGCAUCACAUCGGUUGCUGGAUUCAUCGCCUGGGCCAUCAUCAACGUAUGCCAUAUCCGCUUCAUGAAGGCUCUGUCUUUCUAUCAAAUCCCCCGAUCAAGCCUACCCUACGUGGCCCCUUUCCAGCCAUACCUCUCUUGGUACGGCCUGAUAUUCACUGUCCUCAUCAUUAUCACAAGUGGUUUUGAGGUGUUUAUUGAGUGGGACACCAGCAAGUUCUUCACGAACUACAUCAGUCUGAUCUUGUUCGUUGUCCUUGUCGUCGGACACAAACUCCUUUUCAGGACAAAGAUGGUCCCGAUUCAGGAGAUGGAUAUCGUCACGGGGAGUGCGUAG